UCAGCGAAAAUUCCGACAGUGCCAAUUAGGCGUCACAUUUUGGCUCCGGCGGUAGGAAAUGCCGAUGCGUAGUGCAGCCUCCGGGAUCUGGCUGUGAUUGGUGUGAAGAUUAAGUCGCGGCGCCGGAUUCUUGGCGAAUUUUCGAAAGAUCAGUUUGCGUACUGUGUGACAUAAUUGCUUACAAGGGGAAUCUGAAACGAUCCUAGUGGGAAUUGUGUCAGUGCUCGCAAAGAGAAGCGAUGAUCAAUGGAACGUUCCCGGAACUGGAGACGGAGGUGUUAUAAUUCCCUCUCCCGCCGGCUUAACUAAAGAUAGUCGCUACCCCGUGCCCCCGAAACUAAAUUACCCCACAUUUGAUAAUUGAGCGGAAUUGAAUUGAAUCACAACUGCCUAAGCAGAAGCACCCAAAUCUCGGCCGCACAUGGGCUCAGUGAGCCACCGACAAACCUGAGAGUCAGACACAUCCCAUCUAGUCGCCGACCACAACCGUAGUUAGUCACCAUGUCGAGCAUAGAGGAGAUUCUGGGCGAGCUGCAGCACUUCGCCUGGCCGGACUAUGUAGCUUUCGUUUCGAUGUUCCUGCUCUGCAUCGGGAUUGGCAUAUACUUUGGGUUUAUGAACAAGUCCGUUUCCGAAGAUGAUUACAUGCUGGGCGGACGAAAAAUGUUGGUCAUCCCUAUCGCAUUCUCAUUGGUGGCAAGCUUUGUCUCCGGGAUCACUUUGCUCGGGCUUCCAACUGAGGUGUACUCCUAUGGCGUCCAGUAUCUGUAUGUGGCUUGUGGAGUCAUCGGCAUGGGCGUGGUGAUGGGUGUUUUUUACCUUCCAGUUUUUCACGACCUGAACAUAACAUCCACCUACGAGUAUCUGGAGAUUCGAUUUGAUCGGAGGUUACGGCUUUACGGAUCCGUUAUGUUCGCUAUUAUGAAUGUGGCCUAUCUGCCCAUUGUUAUCUACGUCCCGGCGUUGGCCUUCAACCAGGUGACGGGGAUUGGAGUCCAUACGAUUACACCGAUCGUCUGCAUCAUCUGUGUCUUCUACACAAGUCUGGGCGGUUUGAAGGCUGUGGUAUGGACUGACGUGGUGCAGGCUGUAUCCAUGGUGGGAGCACUUUCCUUGGUGGCAAUUAAAGGCACCCGUGAUAUUGGAGGACCUGCAGUAGUCCUAGAGCGAGCUUGGAACAGCGAUCGACUGGAAGCGCCGGACCUUAAUAUCGAUCCCACUGUGCGCCACACAUUCUGGUGCCUGUUUUUCGGAGGGAUUGUCUACUGGACUCAGACUAACGCAGUAUCCCAAAACAUGAUCCAGAGGUAUUUAUCACUCCCGACUCUUGGUGAUGCCCGAAAGGCGCUCUGUAUUUUCUGCGCAGGCGUACUCCUUUUAAUGGCACUUUGUGGAUACAAUGGACUUCUUAUCUAUGCUACCUACCAGAACUGUGAUCCCCUUACCACAAAGCUGGCGAAAGCUCGAGACCAACUCCUCCCGCUCUUUGUGAUGGAAACCCUAGGAGAACUUCCCGGUAUGACAGGACUCUUCAUUGCCGGCGUUUUUAGCGCUGCUCUGAGUUCCCUUUCGACUUGCCUUAACUCCAUGUCCGCCGUGGUGCUGGAGGAUUUUGUCAAGCCUUAUGUAAAGACCCCACUCUCCAGUUCGGCGAUCAACUGGAUUAUGCGUCUGGUGGUCGUCGGAGUAGGAGCCCUCUGUGUGUGUCUGGUCUACGUUGUGGAGCAUAUGGGUACCGUCCUUCAGUUGACCAUGAGUCUGGAAGCGAUUACAAACGGUCCAUUAUUUGGCAUCUUCACUAUCGGCGUUUUCCUGCCCUGGAUCAAUGGAAACAGCGCUUUGCUGGGUGGUAUUAUGGGUGUGAUAGCCAUGUCAUGGGUGAGUCUAAAUGCACAGUGGGCCAUUGCAUCUGGAGCCAUUAGUUAUAAUACGAAACCGCUAAAUGUGGAGCAAUGCAACUACAGCUUCAACGUGACAACGAGUCUGGCCAACGCAACUCACCUGGGGGCAUCUGCGGAGGAUAUCUUUCCGCUAUACAGAAUCUCCUAUAUGUGGUACACAACCUUUGGAGCCUCCAUCACGAUUAUUGUAGCGCUGGUCGGUACCUUGAUGUUUGGCAAAAAUAAUCCCAACAAAGUUGAUCCAGUGCUGCUCACUCCGUGCAUACGAAAGUUUUUUGCCUUUGGCUGCGAAAAGCCCUAUGAUGCCUACAAGCCCGACAUUCCUUUAGAGCGCAAGCUGCGUCACGACGAGGUGGCCUUAUAAUCAUGUUAGUCUUAAGUUGGGUAAAGGUUUGAUUGUAAUUGAUUGUAAUAGCAAUUGUAAAACUAAAAACAUUAAACAUCUACAUUUUUUGAG